AUGGUGGCUUCCCCUGAAAUGCCAAAGCCACCUGAUUAUUCAGAACUGAGUGACUCUUUAACGCUUGCCGUGGGAACAGGAAGAUUUUCAGGACCACUGCCCAGAGCAUGGAGAAUGAUGAACUUCCGUCAGCGGAUGGGAUGGAUUGGAGUGGGAUUGUAUCUGUUAGCAAGUGCAGCAGCAUUUUACUAUGUUUUUGAAAUCAAUGAGACUUACAACAGGCUGGCCUUGGAACACAUUCAGCAGCGCCCUGAGGAGCCACUGGAAGGGACCACGUGGGCACACUCAUUGAAAGUGCAGUUACUCUCCCUGCCGUUCUGGUUGUGGACGAUUAUCUUUCUGAUACCUUACUUACAGAUGUUUCUGUUCCUUUAUUCUUGUACAAGAGCUGACCCCAAAACAGUGGGCUACUGUAUCAUUCCGAUAUGCUUGGCAGUUGUUUGCAAUCGCCACCAGGCAUUUGUCAAGGCUUCUAACCAGAUCAGCAGACUGCAAUUGAUUGACACAUAAAAUCAGCGUUUCUUCCUUACUGAUUAUAAAACUGCCUGUACCAUCUGGAUUCUGAUCACAAGACUGCGGUUCCUUCAGUUCUCAGGAAGUUUCUGUGGGGCAAAGGCUUUUUAAAAAAAGUCUGAUUAGGGGGUUAUCUCCAUCUGAAUGGUAGGGAAUUUGAGGGAAAGCCUGAGGUAACUACAAAAUCAUGUUGAUGGCAUCCAGUUUUGGAAGUAAUAUCAUGUCUGUUAUUAGCAUUCUUUAGAUACUUGAAUAAGCACCUGAACUCAUAUUUUUAUUCUACUGUACAACAUACCGAUGAGUCACUAUUUUUCCUUUGGGGAAAGGAAUGAAUGAAUAUGAACAUUUCCAUUGUGCUAAAUGUAAAAAGGUCCAGACAUGGUCAUAAAAUUUAAAUUUU